AUGGUUCAGGCCCGCGGUGCAUGGAGACACAUAGAUAUUCACAAGCGCGCCACAGCAACAAGUUCCGAUGAUACUAGUCUUACUCUGGCCCAGGACGCUAUUUCAAGCGGAUCAUUUAGUGAUGGGCUCCAAGAAAUAGGUGGUAAUGAGGCAUCUGAAGCUGCAUCUGCCACUUCUCGAAACAACUUCAUCAACUUUUGUGCAGGAGACACUCUUACCAAUGGCCUUCAAAUUGUAACAGGGUCUUGCAAUGGAAUCCCAAUGGGUCAAAUUCCCGCGAAAACCAAAAUGAUGUCAUCAAUAAUUACAUUCCCUUUGGCUGGUAGCGCAACGAUAAAAUCCGAUACAACAUUCAAUAUCACUGUUCAAAUGUCCAACAUUGCUCCAGGUUCCUUCUCUAACGCUGCUUCUACCUACUUCUCCGCUCCACAACAACUUGACGCAUCUGGAGUAGUAAUUGGGCAUACACACGUCACCGUACAAGACAUGGGUUCCAGUCUCAACCCAACCGGAGCUUUAGAUCCUACUCAAUUCGCAUUCUUUAAGGGUAUCAAUGAUGUUGGAAACGGCCAAGGACUUCUUUCCGCUACUGUCAAUGGUGGUUUACCAGCUGGAAACUAUCGUGUAUGUACGCUGGCUUCAUCAACUAAUCAUCAGCCUGUCAUCAUGCCUGUUGCCCAACGAGGCACUGCUGACGAUUGUACUAAAUUCACCGUCAUCGGAUCCGGUACCACUGCAAAUGCUGCAUCUGACAAUGGUGGUCAAGCAGCAGCAGCUCUAGCAGCCAGCGCAGUCGCAGCCGGUCCAGACAACACAGACUCGACUACGAGCUCGUCGGCAAGUUCUACAGUCACAUCUGCUUCAUCUGCUUCUGAGUGUGCACCACAAGCAACAAAAUUCACGACCGUUUUUGCUGAUCCCGGUGUCGCAACGAGCACAUCUUCAGCAGUAGCUUUCUCAAGUAGUACAGCAAGCGCCAGUUCCUCUUCUACAGGUUCUUCCGUGUCAGCACUAGGCGGUAUAACCGCACCAGCUGUAACCAAAAGUGGAGAUUCAACACGUCCAUUCUCAGUAAAUGGCAACACUUUUGUAAAUGAAGCUGGGGCUCUACAGAGAAGUUGCGAUAUACAAUUUAAUGCAUGUGCAGAUGCAGUCAAUGGGGGAAUUGCCAACGGGUUUAAUCUCAGUGAUUGUCAGACGCAGGAGAAUACCUGUCGAGCUGGGUAA